AGCCCGCGGUGGCGAGCGCAGGCUACGGUACAUGGCCCCGACGGGAGGCGCGCAGCCCGCACCCGGAGCUCGGCUCCCUGCUUAGCGCGGCGCGGCGGCACCUCGGGACGCGCGUCCUCGCCCCUCGGCCGCCUGCCCGUGGACAUGACCGCGUAGCGUCCUCCUGGCUGGGAUUUGCUUGCAGAUUUUCUUCAUGGAAGCGAUGUCUCCCCAGCAGGAUGGCUUAGGGGGGCAGCCGGGGCGCUCCUCUUCCCUGACCGGAGUGUCUCAGCUCGCGGGAGGCCCGGGCACCAAGAAGAAAAUGAAAACAUUAGCAGAAAGGAGAAGGAGUGCUCCAUCUCUUGUCUUGGAUAAAGCCCUGCAAAAACGACCCAGUACCAGGGAAAGUCCUUCUUCUGGCAUCGACACUUGUGCAUUUCUGUCAUCAUUUGUGUGCUCCAAUAGAACUCUGUUGAUUGAUGGCCAGGUAGAACUCAAAAGAGGCCUACAGAGGCAGGAGCGUCAUCUUUUCCUAUUCAACGAUCUGUUUUUGGCAACCAAAAUCAAACAUAACAAUAGCUUUAAGAUAAAAAAUAAAAUAAAAUUAAGUGAUAUGUGGACAGCAAGCUGUGUGGAUGAGGUUGGAGAAGGCAACACCCAUGCCGUGAGAUCCUUCGUCUUAGGCUGGCCCACAGUGAACUUUGUCGCCACUUUCAGUUCUCCAGAACAAAAGGAUACAUGGCUCUCUCUUCUCCAGAGAUACAUCAAUCUAGAGAAAGAAAAGGACUACCCGAAGAGCAUUCCCCUCAAAAUCUUCACCAAGGACAUUGGGAAUUGUGCCUAUUCCAAAACUAUAACAGUAAUGAAUUCAGAUACAGCGAGUGAAGUUAUCAACAUGUCAUUACAAAUGCUAGGGAUAACUGGCUCUGAGAGGGAUUUCCAGUUAUGGGUCAACUCUGGAAAGGAAGCAGCGCCCUACCCGCUAAUCGGGCAUGAAUAUCCCUACGGAAUUAAGAUGAGCCACCUACGAGACACUGCUCUCCUGACCCAGGGACCCAAGGACUCUACUAGCCCUCCAGCCUUCCUCAUGGAACAGCUGCCCCGUGAGAUGCAAUGCCAGUUCAUCCUGAAGCCCAGCCAUCUGGCGGUAGCCCAGCAACCAAGUGAUUCAGGUCAGAAGACAUGUAGAAGACGAAGAUCUAUCAUAAACUGGCCCUUUUGGCGGGGUUCCAGCAUUCACCUGGACAGCUUGCCUGUGUCACCAACAUCUCCUGUGCCAGGACAGCUCUUUGGAAUCUCUCUACCAGAUAUUUGUGAGAAUGACAAUCUGCCAAAACCUAUCUUGGAUAUACUUUACUUUCUUAACCAAAAAGGCCCACUCACAAAAGGUAUCUUCAGACAGUCAGCUAAUGUGAAAUCUUGCAGAGAGCUAAAGGAGAAACUGAAUUCUGGAAUCAAAGUAAACCUAGAGUGCGAAUCCAUUUUUGUGAUAGCAUCUGUCUUAAAGGAUUUUCUGAGAAAUAUUCCAGGAAGUAUUUUUUCAUCAGAUCUCUAUGGUCACUGGGUCUGUGUAAUGGAUCAAGGAAAUGAUGAAGAGAAAAUUAAUACAAUUCAAAGGCUAUUGGACCAGCUUCCGAAAGCCAAUGUUGUUUUCCUAAGGUAUCUCUUUGGAAUAUUACACAAUAUUGAACAAGACUGUUCAUCCAAUCAGAUGAAUGCAUUUAAUUUAGCUGUGUGUAUUGCUCCAAGCAUUCUUUGGCCUCCUACUUCUUCUAGCCCAGAACUAGAAAAUGAAUUUACAAAAAAGGUUUCCCUGCUUAUACAAUUUCUGAUUGAAAAUUCUUGUAGGAUAUUUGGAGAAGAAAUCACUUCCCUUUUGGGAGAGGUUUCAGUGAACUGUGACACUGGAGAAAAGGCCUCAGAUGUGUCUUGCUUCCAAAUGAAUGACUCCUCCUAUGACAGCUUGGAAAAUGAGCUAAACGAGGAUGUUGAUGCUCCAUGCAGUGACUUGGUAAAGAAACUUGUCCAGGGUAGCAGAAGCAUGGACUCUGUCUUAACCCUUAGUGACUAUGACCUCGACCAGCCUGAGGUGGAAGGCCUUUUAACCCUGAACGAUUUUGACUUAGAGCACACUAAAGAUGAAGUCAUUCAAAUGAAGCAGCCUGUUGAGUCCAAGCUGUUGAAGGUUUCACUGGGGGAGCAUGCCAGGGCCCCAUCGGGCUCGUGUACACCCACCUACCUGUCCACAGGUGCAGCAGAUGCUCCAAGACACCUGCGGCAACACCGGCGCUGUUCAGAGCCCACCAUCCACUAUCUAGAUUCAAAGCUUUCCCAUCUCAGGGAGUUUUACCAGAAAAAGAUUCGCAAGUCCAGCUGUGAUGCAGUCCUUUCUCAAAAGGAUGAAGACUAUCUGAAGCAGAAUCAACCCCUCAAGGAAGGGGAUAAGACAUGUUUUAAACCAAGUUUGGUCACAGGCACUGCUAUCAGCAGGAAAAAUGCCACUAAUCAAAACAUUAAAAAGAAAACCUUGUCUGGUAACAGGGGAAAUCAUGUGAAACUUUUUACCGAGUCCAAGCCAGUGACCAUUUCUGUGGCCUCUUUUAGUCCUGUGUCCUCCCAGGGUCAUUCCAGGAGCCAGCCCUUUGAUGCAGAUACAUCUGGAUACUCCCCGCCACACACAGUAGAUGCCCUCAAGAGUUCAGUGACACAUCGGCGCUGUUCAGAGCCCAACAUAGAUGGCCAGAAGUGCAAACUGUCCUAUCUCAGGGGGAUUUAUUCAAAGAAGCAACAUAAAACCAGCUGUGAAGGUGGUCUCCUGCAUGGAGAGGAGGAUUAUCUCAAACGGCAUAAAUCUUUGCAAAUUGAGGGGCAAAAGCUUAUUAAUCAGAGUUUGGUCAUGGGGAUCGAGGUGGGCAAGGGCAGUGCCACAAACCAAAGCACUGAGAAGGUUUUACCUCCAAGACUUAACCUUUGCCCAAGGACUAGCUACUCUAGCUUAUCCUCCCCAGGCACCUCCCCUUCUGGCUCAUCAGUGAGCUCCCAGGACAGUGCUUUUUCUCAGAUUUCUGAACACUCUGUGUUCACACCCACUGAAACUUCCUCUCCAAUAGAUUGCACUUUUCAGACUCAAAGAAAACAGGAAGAGCUUUCUUUGGACUUUGACAGUUCCAGCCUCAUUUCUGCAAUGCCUGGUCCUUCCACAGGGCAGGCCCGCAGCCAUCUGGCUUAUAUGAGAAAGGACACUGUAGAGUGGUAUUCACACAGGCACUGUGUAACUCUUCACCCCAGCACAUGGUUGAGAAAUGGUUUGGCCAGUUUGAAAAACUGGUCCCUCAAAAAGAAAGCAAAACCAGCCAGACCAGAAGAAAAGAAAAUAGGACCUUCAGAAUUCCCCCCACCUGCUUCUGGCAUUCCAGAAGCCAGCUUACUGCAACAGAGACAGAAAGACACACCCCUAAGAGCAGCUGAAGAACUUGGAGCUGUACAGACAGCCCAACGGUGCAGUUUUUAUCCCUACCAGGACUCAGAAGAAUGCUGUAGUUCUCUUUUCAGCCUGGUGGAAAGCAAACCCAACGAGGGAGAAGAGGGCGCAGGGCAGUGCAUUUCUGAUCCUCUGCCCUGGGGAAGAACCUCAUCCUGCUCUGUGACUGGGGGUGAUGUGGCCAGCCCAAACACAGGCCCUACAGUGGUUUGUGAUGAUGGGGACAGACAUUUAACCAAAGACAAUUAACACAGUAAGUCUAAUAUCUAUAAGAACUGAAUAACAUAAAGUCAACAAUUGUUACACGACCCCCUUUUGUAAGAUACCUGGGAUAAUCAUUACUCGUAUUUAAGACAAAAGAAUUCUGUAUUGAGAUUACUUGGCAAAAAGUUUAUGCUAAAAUAUUUCAUCACGUAAUAUUUUGGAGACUGUUCCUUCCUGAGACUUUCAGAGAUACAAUCAAAUGGCUAGAGAAGGCAUCUGCUAUGGAAGAAGUCUGUCUAUGUUAACACUCUAUGACACUGUCCUAAGAACACCAGGAUGUCAUAAAUGAAGAAUCAGGGACUACUGGGUGGGGAGAGCAGUACAGAAAAACCCUCUACCUAGCAUGGAAUGUUUUUAAUAAGUAGGCAAGAAAUGACCGCUAACGAAAGCAUUAGGAAGAAGCUUGCACAGUUAGAGAAAGUCACAUAAAGCUUUUCCCUGAAUCCAAGUGAAGGGCCAUUUCUCAGGCAUCUUCUAGUCCCAUGUCUUCACGAGACCAUUCUCUGAACGAGCCCCAUUGAUGGAGUGAGAGUGGGGAGAACUAGAGUGAUUCAAGAAGCCAUGACAUCAUUUUUAAUUGGUUGUAUUGGUUGAUUGGAUUUGCAGAGGCUCCAAGAAACAGCUCCAAGUAGAAGGAAGGAAAAGUUUGCUCAUUUCAAUGCCAACUUUUUCCUAUUUAAAAAGCGACCCUCUGGCUGCAUUUACUAUCUUAGUGUAGAGAAAGGAGGAUUUGUAAGUAACUCUCCCCAGCUAGGAGGCAAGGCUGCAGGGAAACUUGUCAGCAGAAUGCUGUGUUGGUAGCAAUAUUGCUGUAAUUUCUCAGUUUCUACAGUGCCGUUUCUGUGGUGUCUUCUAGUCAUAUGUCCUCGCAGGAUCAUCCCAAGAACCAAUCCUUUGAUACCACUGGAUCCUUCCCACCACAGCCACUGACUCUUAAACCUUCCUUUCUCUCAUCCUGAUAGGCUUGGAAUAGAUGAGUUUAUAGGUUGACACAAUAUAAGGAAUCACAGAAUGCCAAACAAAGUGACAGACAGGCCUUCUCAAAUAGUGACAGUCUUUGGGUUUUCUUUCAGAAGUUUUUCCAUCUUGAUGUCCCAAAUGACUCAUGGUUUAUAAAUAAUUUAGACCCCUUAAGUUUUAGAUCCAUAACCUUUGUCCUUUCUCUUACCUUAAAAGAAUCUCCCCUCACCCAAAUUAUCAGGCCUUGCCAACCAAAAUGGAGGGAUAGCAUGAGAACUAGAUGUGCCUCUUCAUUUUAACUGCUCAUCUAUAAGAAGUUGUCAAGAGCCCAAGUGAAUCUCUUUAGUCUACUAUCAAAAGAACUCUUCUCCCACACACUGGUUACUCAAAAUUAUUUUUCUCAUGAGUCAGGAAACUGUCACACCAGCUGUUCUCCCCUUCCCCUCAAGAGUGCAUGUUCGGUUUUAGGAUUUAAAAAAAUGUUUUCUCUAAGAUGUUAUUUGUUUUUAGUUAUAGGUUCUACCUACCUCUCUGGGACGUGGCCCUGUAUGUCCUAAUCAUUGUAACGAUUUUUUACAACUGUGUCCAAAGAGCUCCUUCAUUACACUGGCCAUCUGAGUCUGAUGUGAAGUCAUUUUUGCCUCAUAAUCAACCACUCCCAUGUUCAGAUUGCUGAGCGUCCAUGUGCAUUUUUCGUGGUAUAGCACGUGAAGUCAGCAGGGACUCCCCUUACCCUUAGGGCAUACUACUGUCAGAACUGCAAGAUGUGAAUGAUGCUCUUAUGGCUUGGAGUAUUUUACUGAAAGAAAUUACUUCUCUACUUACCAAAAUUGUUUGGACCCUUUCUCUUUCAUAUUGGCAGGAAGAAAAAUGAUCCACCCAGUUUUAAGCAUAUUAAAAAAUAGUCGCUAAGGUUCUCUAACAACCAUUUCCCACUCUGUGUUCCCUUAGAUACUCCUAUGACAAUGUGAAUAGUAUGUUAAUAUUGCUGUAAAGUAUUGUAUGAUUUGAA